AUGGCGCUUUCCACGCCGCUGACCCAGCACGCGGCCAUCUCGCCCGUCUACCUCGCCGCAGCGGCUUUCCUCGGUCUCGUCCUCUACCUGUUCGUCCAGAGCAAGCGGGCCGGUCUCGACCAUGUCCCCGGUCCCUGGCUGGCCAAGUACACCAACCUGUGGCGCGGGUACCAGGCGUGGCGGCUCAACCACCACAAGGAGGCCGUCAACAAUUACCAGAUCAACAUGAUCGGCCGGUACGGGGACGUGGUGAGGAUCGGACCGAAGCAUGUCCUCGUCUAUGACCCUGAGGCGAUUGAUACGAUUUACGGCUUCAGAGAACGUCUGGAUAAGGGUCCCGGAUACCAAGUCUUUGUCAUGACCGGCACGGACCAGACCGCUCUGGUCAGCAUCAAGGAUGAAAAGACGCACGGAAUGUACAGGCGACCCAUUGCCCACGCGUAUUCUCUGUCCUCUCUAAAGGGCUACGAGCCGUACAUUGACGAGACGAUCGAAAAGUUGAUCAAGGAGCUCGAUAAGCAUGACGCCGAUGGCACGCCGAUCAACAUGACUCGUUGGCUUCAAUACUGGGCCUUUGAUGUCAUGUCCAAGAUCUCGUUCGGUGAGCCACUCGGCUUCCUCGACCACGGCUACGACUUCAACGGCAUGAUCCAGGCACAGCGGGAGAACUUUCGAUACAUCAGCGUGGCCAACAACUUCCCGCUGCUCGACACACUGACCAAGCGCAACCCCUUCCUCAAGCUCGUCACGCAGAAGCCGAGCAUGUUCUUCACCUUUGCACGACGCGUGGUCAGCGAGCGUCUGGCCAAGGCGUCCAAGGACCCCGAGGCGCAGUCGGCGUCGCGCCGCCACGAGGACCUCCUGGGGAGCUUCAUCGCGGCGAGAAAGGCGUACCCACUCAUGACGGACCUGCGCAUCACCCAUCUCACGGCCACCAAUGUGCUCGCGGGGGCCAACAACAGCGCCCGCGCCAUGGACGCCACCAUCCACUGGCUGACGGAGCACCCGGAAGCGCAGGAGCGGCUGAACCAGGAGAUCCGCAGCGUCAACAUGGCGGCCAUGAAGGAGGUCGACACCGAGGGCCCCGCGGCGCUCGAGCUGGCCCUCAAGAUGCCCUACCUCGACGCCGUCAUCCAGGAGUCGUACCGUCAGUUUGGCGCCCCGGCCAACAACCUCGAGCGCGUCGCCGGUCCCGCGGGCCUGACGUUGCCCAACGGCACCCAUCUGCCACCCGGCACCGUCAUCGCCAUGAACGCCGCGUCCAUGGCGAUGCUGCCCCACGUCUUUGGCAAGGACGCCCGCGCCUUCAACCCGGAGCGCUGGAUGCGGCAAGCCGGCGAGACCGAGGACGAGUUCCGCGAGCGCAAGGUCCGCAUGCACCGCUCCAUGCUGGUCUUUGGCCACGGCAGCCGCAGCUGCAUCGGCAAGAACAUUGUCCAGCUGGAGCUGUACAAGAUCUGGGCCACGCUGUUGAGGAUUUAUAAGUUUGAACCCGCCGACGUCAAACUCCACCAGGUCAUGACGAUCCCGCGACGACGAGAGCAGCGCACCGAGAAGUCGGUCGAGAUUUGA